AUGCCCGAACCAACACCCCCAAUUCUUGUCGGCUGCCUGCUCGACGUCUCAGGCUCAAUGCGCAGCGCCUUAGAGCCAGGUCAAUUGAAUGAGCCAGCUGGUGAUCGACUCAGAGCUGUCCUUCGAGCAGCGCUCAAGCUAGCAAAAGCGGAGCGCCAGCAGAAUUCUGAUGCCUUUAUGUUCGUUGGUGUCUUUGGACUACAGACGUCUAGAGGGCAUCUUAAUCCUCAAGCAGCGGACCUAUGUGGGAUCGCAAAUGCUCUGCUGGAAGAUUCGGGAGACAAUUUAUCUGGUCAUGAUCUUCUCAUCGCCCGAGCGAACGCGAACAACGUGUCAUAUGUAUCAAGACACAUCAAGACCAAACUUACUAGCCGACAGGCUCGAAUUGUCGACGCGCAUCUAAAACUACAUCCUGACCAAGUGCAUCGAUUUAUUGAUGCCAUUCCACCUGAAGAGGAGGUAAACAACUUACGCUCGGAAGGUCGGCAACAAAGUGCAAGUGCUGGAGCAGCCCUCGGAUACGUCGCUUCGAUGGUCGUUCCAGGGGGCACUUUUGUAGGUCCUGUCGUGUCUCUUGCUACUAUGAUAGCCGGUGAAGUGGCUUGUAAUUCGAUCGAAAACUCAAGGGUCGAAAGAUCUGAAGCUUUGGCAUUUGCCAAGCGUAUUCAGCGGGACUGGCUGUCGGACUUUGAGGUUUUCAGACCUCGUCCUAUCUCCGAAGUUGUGGAUAUUCUUCAGCGACUCCAAGACCAAUGGUUGGACCACCAGGACCGUGAUUCAGGAAAUGUGCUAGAAGGCGAAGACGACAACCUAUUUGACGUCAUUCGCCAGUACAUUUAUGGUCUUACGCCUAUGUGUUACGCCCUAAAGAAGGCUCUGGAUGCUUUUCGAAGCAAGCCUGAAGCGACCCGGCGCGUACUCGUACUUAUGUCGGACGGUAUUUCAACAGAUGGUGAUCCGUCAACUGUCGCUAGCGAUCUCAAAAGUGAGAAAGUAUCAAUCGCAACAGUCAAACUUACAGAUGAUCGGUCUAUCCCCCAGCGGGCCUUACACUUUGAGAUCAAUCCGCUCUGGGAUGAGGGCACCCGCAAUUUAUUCCAGAUAUCGAAGCGUAUCGAUGCAUUGACACAUCCAGUUCCUGUCUUAGCCGCUGCUGGUUGGGCGAUUCCUUCAGCCGGAGAGGUUGCCCUGUUUUCCAUAGUCUGUACCGUCACAGCAUUGGAAGAGUUCUGUUCAAUGCUGCUCUCUGCCCGAUUUGGUUCAGCAGAUGCGCUAUUGGACAUUGUUGGCAGAGUCCGUCUUGACGAUUAUGUCCACAAUGAACACCUUGCCAUUCAAGGUAGGCCUACCCACCAGGGUCGAAGGCCCAUCUGCUAUGCACACGCCGUAGCAUCCGUCAUACACAUGGCUUUACUUCGCAUUGUCUCUAGAGAAGGUGGCAUUCCCUCUUUCAUUGAGAUACGGGAUAGAAUUCUAUCUGAAUACCCAGAGAUAAGAGAAGGACACCCUACUAAGGAGGUAUUGUCAGAUGCAUGCAUUUGGUACCGCCCCCUCCACUUCCGAGAGGUUGACGAGAAAGGCGCCCGCGAAGCAGUGCUCCGGCGUCGCCCAGUGCUUGCUACGUUUGGUUUAUCGAAUGACGGCUGGGACACGUUCCGUGACCAUUUCAAUGAAAGUUCCCCAAUGCGAUCUGCCGUUCUAACAGAAGCCCAAAUGGCACCUCACUUUGACAAAGAGCAUGACGGUGGCCAUGCUGUUGUGUUGAUGAGCUGCAGCCCUGAGUCGCUAACCUUUUUAAACUCAUGGGGAAGCGCAUGGGGAGAUAAUGGGAGCUUCAAAAUCGAGAACCCUAAUGUUUUAGGGCAUAAAGAUCGUCUUUUGCGAUUCUACGACGUUUAUUGGUUAGAAAAGGGACUAACAAAUGCUGAACGACUGGCUUUCGAUGCUAAAGUGGAUGAGGAGCUUCGGCGUCAUGCUGCGGAACAUGAGAGUAUUUUCGAGCUCGAAUAUCGAUGCCCAAGAUGCUUCGACACUUCUGCAUUGGCAGACUUCAGAGGGAGUGUCAGGAGCGCUUUAUGUCCAAAAUGUCAGGCUUGGUUCAAGCCUGAUCCUGAAAAUCUCAUGAAGGCCAUGUAUUUGCGAGCUGGGCUGAAUGAUGUUGCAGUUGAGCCUUGUGGCUGA